AUGCAGGUCAUUGAACUGGAUGGAGUUGGUCUCAGGUCAGCCUCGUACAAGGCGUGUGGAGAUGCCGUAAAGAUAGAAACUCAAGAGAGUGAACUGAAAAUUACUGCUGUGUUUUCAGCAAGUGACAAUCCAUUAGCCCAACAGUUGACCCCAGCUGUUCAGUUUCCUGUAGCCUCAUCUGCACAAAAUAUGUUGCUUCCUUCAGUUCCAGCUGUUGCCCGUCAGGCUUUUUGUUCUGGUUGUAAAAAAUGUUUUUAUGAGGGACAAACUGCAUAUCGUAAGACAGGAUCUACUCAGCUUUUUUGUUCUACACAAUGCAUCCUGGAAUUCUCUUCAUCUAUCAACCUACCACUUCCUCCCAAGAAAACCUGCACCAACUGCUCGAAAACCAUUUUAAAUCCAAAGGAUGUGAUCACGAUUCGAUUUGAAAAUUCUUCUGCUAGCAAAGAUUUCUGUAACCAAUCAUGCCUUUUUUCUUACGAGUUAAAGAAAAAACCUGUUGUUACCAUAUAUACCAAUGACAAUUCGACUAAAUGCAGUAUGUGUCACAAGUAUGCUGAUAUUCGAUUUGAAGUUAAAUAUCAAAAUGUGAUACAUAGUCUUUGUAGUGAUGCUUGUUUUUCAAAAUUUCAUUCUACCAACAACCUUACCAUGAAAUGUUGUGAGAACUGUGGAAGCUAUUGCUAUAGUAGUUAUGGUCCUGCCCAGUCACAGAAGGCUUUUAGUUCAACAAGUGUCACAGCACAUAAACAGAAUUCAACCCAAACUCUUCCAUAUGUCUUGGGGAAAUCAUUGAGGCCCUCAGCUGAAAUGAUUGAGACUACAGAUGACUCAGGAAAAACAGAACUUUUCUGCUCUGUCAAUUGCUUAUCUACUUAUAGAGUCAAGGCAGUUAUUUCUUCAGGUGUCCAAGUUUCAUGUCAUAGUUGUAAAAACUCUACAGUUCCUCAGUAUCACCUCGCCAUGUCCAAUGGAACAGUGCACAGCUUCUGCAGCUCCCGAUGUGUAGUGGCUUUCCAGAAUGUAUUUAGCAAGCCUAAAGGAAAUUCUUUAGGGGUGCCCCAGACUUACAACGAAGUUGUUUUAAAUCCACCCUCUGGACCAGCAGUAUCAGCAGCAGGAGAAGAUACUGCUUGUGCUGCUCUCCCAAGCUCAGCCAGUUUCCAGCCUCCUACUGGCCAGACCCAACAGGCUGCUUUAACUAAGAGAGCUCUUAUUAAACUCAAGUGUCAACACUGUAAUGAUCUGUUUGCCACAAAACCAGAACUUCUUUUCUACAAGAAUAAAAUGUUUAUCUUUUGUAGCAAGACUUGUUCUGAUGACUACAAAAAGAAAAAUAAAAUUUCGGCAAUGUGUGACUACUGUAAACUGCAGAAAGUUAUAAAGGAAACAGUACAGUUCUUAGGGGUUGAUAAGCCAUUCUGUAGUGAAGUUUGCAAGUUCCUUUUUGCCCGUGACUUUGCAGAACAAUGUGGAACCACAUAUUGUAAGAUGUGUAGUUACUGUUCACAGACUUCCCCUAAUUUGGUAAAAAAUCGAUUGCAGGGCAGGUCAGAAGAGUUUUGCUGUGAAGACUGCAUGUCCAAAUUUACAGUUUUGUUUUAUCAGAUGGCUAAGUGUGAUAGUUGCAGACGGCAGGGUAAGCUAAGCGAGUCUAUAAGUUGGCGAGGAAACAUCAAAUAUUUCUGUAAUCUGUUUUGUGUCUUGGAGUUUUGUCAUCAUCAAAUGACAAAUGACCCUCUUUCCAAAAAUAAAGUAGAUAAUCCUAAAAUACGUACUACUUCAAUGGAGCUUCCUUCAGUAAAGAGUAAUAAUACUACACCAAUUAUAACCAAUGUUGUGUCAUUGGCAAAAAUACCUCCUGCCCAUCCCACAGGGAACACUAACAGUCUUCCAAAAGGUACAGUUACUAAAGAGGCAGCAAAUAUUGAAGAGCUUCUGGCUGUGAACUCAGAAAUUGCUCCUGGUAGUCUCGGGGGACUGCCAUAUGAGAUGUCGGUUACAGGCUGCCGGGAAUCGAACCUGAGUCCAUCCCGGGUUGGCCGAGUGCCAGGCGAACAUCUUACUACUGUGUUAUCUCUUCAGCCCCAGUCUUCCAGACAUUUAAAGAACAAAGCAUUAAUGUGCAAACCUGUCACUGAAAUCAAGGCUACCUCUUGCAAACCACAUAUACAACAUAAGGAAUGUCAAACAGAUUUACCUAUGCUUAAUGAGAAAGAAGAUGCAGAACAUGAUUCUCCACCUGCAAAGAAAGUAAGAAUAGAUUUUCUACAGAAUUAUGAUGCAAAACAUCUAAAAGUUGGUUUUAUUAUUUGUCCUGGAUCAAAAGAAAGUUCACCAAGCCUACAGUGUGUCAUUUGUGAAGAAAUCUUAUCUAGUGAAAAUGUGAAGUUCACAAAUCUUUCUCAUCAUUUGAAGACAAAACAUUCAGAAUUAGAAAACAAACCAUUAGAUUUCUUUGAACAAAAAUCUCUUGAAAUGGAAUGUCAAAACAGUUCUUUAAAAAAGUGUUUACUAGUUGAAAAGUCACUCAUGAAAGCUUCUUACUUAAUUGCUUUUAAAAUUGCUGCCAGCAAGAAGCCAUUUUCUAUUGCUGAAGAAUUAAUGAAGCCAUAUUUAGCAGAAAUGUGUUCUGAAGUUUUGGGUCCAAGUGCUGGAGACAAAAUGAAAACCAUUCCUCUUUCUAAUAACACAAUUGAACACAGGAUCAGUGAACUGUCAGCAGACAUUGAAGAUCAGCUCAUUCAAAAAGUCAGGGAAUCAAAGUGGUUUGCUCUUCAGAUAGAUGAGUCAUCAGAAAUUUCAGGCACUACCCUUCUUUUGUGCUUUGUCCGUUUCAUUGAUUAUGAUUGUGGUGAUAUAAAAGAAGAAUUAUUAUGUUGCAUUAAAAUGCCUUCUCAAUUAACUGGUUUUGAAAUAUUUGAACUAAUAAAUAAAUAUAUUACCAGUAAAUCUCUGAGUUGGAAACACUGUGUUGGUCUCUGUACAGAUGCAGCUAUAAGCAUGACUGAUAAGUAUUCUGCUUUAAAGACAAAAAUGAAAGAAGUUACCAUGAAUACAGCGGUAUUUACACAUUGUUUGAUUCACCGUGAACAUUUAGCAACUGCAAAACUGUCUCCUUACUUAUAUCACGUCAUUUUGCAGUUAGCACAAAUUUUAAGUUUUCUAAAGAGCAAUGCACUGAAUUCACGAAUGUUAACAAUUUUGUGUGGAGAGAUGGGUUCUGACCAUAUACAUUUACCACUUCAUUCUGAGGUACGCUGGAUGUCCAGAGGAAAAAUUUUAACAAGAUUAUUUGAAUUACGACAUGAAAUUGAAAUAUUUUUAAAUCAGAAGCAUUCAAGUUUUGCCAAGUGUUUUCUUGAUGAGGAAUGGGUUGCCAUGCUAGCCUAUUUAUCAGAUAUUUUUUCACUUAUAAAUGAACUCAAUUUAAGUCUCCAAGGAACUAUGAUGACUCUCUUCAAUUUGUAUAAUAAAAUAGAUGUAUUUAAGGAAAAGUUAAAAAUGUGGUUGAAGCGCAUACAAGAGAACGAUUAUGACAUGUUUCCUUCAUUUUCUGAAUUCUCAAACUCAUCAGAUUUUAAUAAGAGAAGCAUCGUAUAUAUUAUUUUUGAGCAUCUGAAAGAACUUUCUCAAAUGUUCAGUGAGUGCUAUCCACCAGAAGAAGACCUGCGUGCUGGGAAUUUAUGGGUAAUUAAUCCCUUUGUGAAUCAUCAAAAUAAUAGUCUCACAGACUUUGAAGAAAAGAAACUAGCAUUGUUAUCUUCAGAUUUAAGAUUACAAUAUGCAUUUAAAUCAAUGUCUAUAACUCAGUUUUGGAUAAAUGCAAAGACAAACUACCCAGAACUCCAUGAAAAGGCAGUGAAAUUUUUAUUGCCCUUUUCAACCAUUUAUUUAUGUGAUACUACAUUUUCAGCUUUGACUGAGUCAAAAGAGAGAAAUUUGUUGGUUUCUAGCCAUGCCUUAAGACUUGCAGUCACAUCUUUAAUUCCAAGGAUAGAAAAAUUAGUAAAGGAGAAAGAGUAGGGAAAAAAUCACAUUGCUAAUUAUUAAAGUCUGUAACUUUGUGUUAAUUUUUAUAUAAUUAAACAUCCUCAAAUAUUUCCUAA